AUGAAAACUGUCAAACGCCGAUAAAUUGUAGGAAAUUAUAAAUCCAUAAAGAAAAUAUAAGAUUUAAAAAUUUGAAAUUGUUUAUUGCAUUUAUUCAUUUCAAAAAUGCAAAAAUCUAGUGGAAAAGAAACCUAUCUUAUCACAAAUACACUCAACUGUUUGCCAUUUAUGUUGGAUGGUCAUUCAGUGUUGAUAGAUUUACGAAACGAGACAUCUGUAGCCGGUCGCAUUAACGCCACUGGAACUGAUGGUUAUAUGAACAUCCACUUAAUAGAUGCUGUAUUUAUAGAUAGAUACGGUCUUCAAUACCCCUUCGAACAGUUUAUGGUGCGUCCACGUCUGAUACGUCAAAUACAUUUACCAGCGCAUUUAGACGCUGAGAGCGCUAUUCGUAAUUGGUUGGAUCACGGCCGAAAACCAGUCAGGGAAGCACCACAACAACGGAAGGGGAAAAUGACAUUUAAAGAAAAACGCGCGAAGCAAAGGCACAUAGAAGUGUUGAAUGAAAUAUCUAAAAAACAAUAAUGUAGUAAAUUGGUAUUUUGUCAUCAAUAUAUUUGAUUUUUUAUAAUUUUAUUUUUUAAUACAAAAAACUUUAUUUGUAUUUAUAUGUAUAUUGACAAUAAGUACUGCGUAUAAACCAAGCGUUGAAAUUAAGAGAAAAUGAAAAUUGAAUAAUGUUUUAAUUCAAAUAAAUAUUUGUGUAUGAAAUUACACAGCAAAAACUCAAGGCGAAUCCACACAAGAUUCAAGUAAAGAAAAUAUAUGUAUGUGAU